CUUGCUAGCUUACAAUACACACACUCGAGAAAGCUGGAGAGACGCACAGACACACAAACACAAGGAGACGAGAAUGUGGAGCUAGGAGUCCGAACCAUUUAGAAGGUGGUUUCUUCUGGAGGUAAUUAUAGCGCUUAGCGGCCCAGAUUUAAUCUGCUCUGGGCUUUGGAAGCCCCCAGUGGAGUUUGCAAGCAGUGCUCUGUGCGGGCUCCACCCUCCCUGGAGGCAGAGGGCGUGGAUGUCAGCCCUCCCCAGUCCGCGGCCCGCCCAGGUGAAUGAAAUCUUGUGGGUCCCAGAGCCACUCAGUUCCCGAUUCUGUCCGGGACAACAGCAGCUCCGGCCCCGCUGGCUGCAAAGGAUGGACGAGCCGAAAGGAUGCACGGGGAGGCAGGCCCGAGGCCCCGGGCUGCAGCAGCUGCUGCUCCUGUCGCUGCUGCUCCUGCUGCCGUCGCCGGGCCUGGCCUCCGGGGCUGCCCGGCCGCCCCACGUGGUCUUCGUGUUGGCAGACGACCUGGGCUGGAAUGACGUGGGCUUCCACGGCUCGGUUAUCCGCACGCCGCACCUGGAUGCGCUGGCGGCCGGCGGGGUGGUCCUGGACAACUACUACGUGCAGCCGCUGUGCACGCCCUCGCGGAGCCAGCUGCUCACCGGGCGCUAUCAGAUCCAUACCGGCUUACAGCAUCUCCUCAUCAGGGUCUGUCAGCCCAGCUGUGUUCCCCUGGAUGAAAAACUCCUGCCCCAGCUCCUGAAGGAAGCAGGCUAUGCUACGCAUAUGGUCGGAAAAUGGCACCUGGGAAUGUGCCAGAAAGAAUGUCUGCCAACACGCCGAGGAUUCGAUACCUACUUUGGAUACCUCCUAGGCAGUGAAAACUAUUACACCCACGAGGUCUGCGCACUGAUUGAACCCUUGAAUGUGACACGGUGUGCUCUCGAUUUCCGAGACGGCGAAGAACCCGCAACACAGUACAACAAUACUUACUCAACAAAUAUAUUUAGCAAAAGGGCUACAACCCUCAUAGCUAACCACCCACCAGAGAAGCCACUGUUCCUCUACCUUGCUCUCCAGUCUGUCCAUGAUCCACUUCAGGUCCCUGAGGAGUACAUGAAGCCAUAUGAAUUCAUCCAAGGCAAGCACAGACGUAUUUAUGCAGGGAUGGUGUCCCUCAUGGAUGAAGCAGUGGGAAAUGUCACCGCAGCCUUGAAGAGCCGUGGGCUUUGGAAUGACACGGUGUUCAUCUUCUCCACAGACAAUGGUGGGCAGACUCUGUCUGGGGGCAACAACUGGCCGCUUCGAGGAAGGAAAUGGUCCCUGUGGGAAGGAGGCGUCCGUGGAGUGGGCUUUGUGGCAAGCCCCUUGCUAAAACAAAAAGGCGUGAAGAGCCGGGAGCUCAUCCACAUCUCCGAUUGGCUGCCGACGCUGGUGAAUCUGGCCGGGGGGAGCACCAACGGAACCAAGCCUCUGGAUGGCUUCGAUGUGUGGAGAACCAUCAGUGAAGGAACCCCAUCCCCCAGAGUGGAGCUGCUGCAUAACAUUGAUCAGGACUUUUUUGACAGUUCACCAUGUCCUGGCACGAGCAUGGCUGAAGCAAAGAAUGAUUCUUUUCCUUUAGAAUAUUCUCCCUUUAAUACGUCUAUCCAUGCUGGGAUCAGAUACAAAAACUGGAAACUCCUCACAGGCUACCCAGGCUGUGGUCUCUGGUUCCCACCUCCAUCUCAAUCCAACGUUUCUGAGAUACGUUCACUGGACUCAUCAGCCAAGACGCUCUGGCUGUUUGAUGUAGAUCAGGACCCUGAAGAAAGACACGACCUGUCCCAGAAGCACCCCCACAUCGUCCUGAAGCUGCUUUCCCGCCUGCAGUACUACCAUGAGCACUCUGUGCCGUCGUACUUCCCACCCAUGGACCCUCGCUGUGAUCCCAAGGACACCGGUGUGUGGAGCCCCUGGAUGUAGGCUCCAGAGGGGCGGGGGUCUGGAGCACAGUUAGGUGCAGGCUAGACCUCAGGCCCCUACUCUGCUGACUUCUCUCUCUCUCUCUCUCUCUCUCUCUCUCUCUCUCUCUCUCUCUCUCUCUCUCUCUCUCUCUCUCUCUCUCUCUCUCUCAAGUCACCCCAGUUCCCUCGCCUAGCCCUCAUGCUAUAUAACCCACCAAAGGAGUCCUGUUUCAAACCACAGUACCGUAAAAUCUGGCUCAUCCUGCUGUUGGCUGGAGUAGGUGUCUGGAACCCAGGGUGGCUGGGUUCAUCCUACUUCCUAAACUGCAAUCGCUGGGAACCUGACGUAGAGAGCUAGCUAUCCCUGAGUCCUGAGGCCAGAGCAGCUGGCUCUUUUUGCUUCACAAGUCAGUCAUUAGAACUCCCUCUGCUAAUAACCAGUUUUAUUGGCAAGACACACAUAACAAAGGGAGCAGAUGAUUGCGAGUGGUUCUGCUGGCCAUACGGGCUCCCUGUCUGUGAGAUCUUGUUCAGCUUUCCACAUCCAUGACCCGCCCGCUCACCCCUCAUUCACUCAUUUCACUGGGGAGCAGAAAACCCAUUGCAGUAAGCCAGCAUGGAGGAUGCCUGUGCCUUCGUUUUGGUUUCCAGAUAACUUAAUGUGUUUUAUCCUAUUACCCCACCCACUAUUGCUCAUUCUGUCUAGACUUCUGCUAUCCUGGCUUGUGUGGCUCUGUUCCUGUUAUGCCUUUGGACUUCACUGUCCUGUGUCUGAGGUCACUUUUCCCUCCCCUCCAAGCAUUCUGAGCUCUGGGAUAGUCCCAAGCCCUGCCCAGAGAGGGUGGACUGGUCAUUCCAUGGCCAUACUCAUGAGUGUUCUGGUUCUGUGGCAUCUGCAAGGAGGUUUAUUCCAGUUGCAUGGAAUCCAGCAAGACUGUGGCUGUGUCACCCAAUAUGCCACAAUCUAUGCUGCUUUCUCAAGCAGUGGGAAGAAAGGCCAGGAAAGCACUCUUGUCCUGAGAUGAUGGAAAGGGAGUGGCCAGUGUUUGGUGUGCUGGCCUUAGACACCAUCCUUACUCCUCUCAUUCUCUGUUUCACUGCCUCGAAUUAGGGUUCCAGGGUUGGGGAAUGAGGAUACACUAUUUGAUCUUCAACCCUUUCUCAGACCCUCUUAUAUCCUAUCAAUGUGACGCCAUCCAGGUUAGCCUCAGAGGGUGUCAAACCCAGAUAGAUGCAAAAUUGAGCUCCUCAUCAGCACCGCUGCCUUGGUCACGCCUUACACCAAUGCCUGCAGCAGGGUCUGGGGUGUAGGCACCCAGGAUGCUUUUUAAAUGAAUGAAUGAACUGAAUAAACAGGAAAGACUCAGCAUGACAGGUACUAGUCCAGUGAGCUGACUAACAGGGCAGUGAAAAUACCCUCCAGCCCAUGCUAGUCUAACCUUAAGCUGUCCCCCCUGCCCUGGUGGGAGCAUCAUCUGCACAUCUGGACAGUCACUGGCCUUGCACGGCAGGGCUGUGAUGUCCUCUCCAGGGGGACAAAAGGAAUUAUUUUUCCUAGGUGUUCUCCUUUGUCAACCAUCUCCAUUCCCAUUCUUUGCUGAGCACUAGGAAUUAAAACAACUAAAUAAUAUGAUACAGGGACUUGCGUACAGCCUUCUUCAGUUCAGUAGCACCAUUUCCUGACCAUUAAAAUUCUGUAUUUUAUUGUGAUAAGACUAUUGCAAGAAAAUGGUGCUAAAGCUAAUGACAUCUGGUAUCAACCUUUACUCAACUGGGCUGGCAGAUAGCUGGCUACCAUGUCACCUCUUACUCUGGAGCAGCCCAUGGCAUGAGUCUGGAUGCUCCUUCUGUGCCACGGCUGUAGGUGGCCAUUAUUCUUCUGAGACCGAAGGUCACUACUUCAUAACACCCAUUUGUGAUUCCUUUAUUAUUCUCUGAGCAGCUGCCCUCAGUCCUGGCUCUUUGAUUGUGGGCUACCCUUGGAAUGUUAACAUAUGGAUGCGUUAAAGAAGACUUUAAGAAAGUAAUGUUAAAAAUGACUAGAGAUUCUAUUUAGUAAAGCAAAUAGGAUGGCAUAGGUCUCAGGAUCUAUCUCCUUGGAUUUUUAUGAUUUAUAAAAAAAUAAAUGAUUCAUAACCUGUCUUUAGAAGUAUUAAUGUUAGUUCUUUCCAAAUUAACUUGCGAACUUGUCUGUUUGUUACCACAUGACUGUUCCAUAUUUGAGGGACAAAAUAAAAUUAAUUUUUCUAAAAAUUUCAGUCAUGGGGCCUCUGCUUGUGAUAGUGGAAAGUUCAGGAGCGGCAGGUGAAUGUCAUGAUGGCCCAGUGUGUCAGUACAUACUAAGAUGGUCAAGGGGCAGAUUUUUGUGUGAUAGAGGCAUUGCCACAUUUUUUUCUGAUUUGCCAGUUUUAUAUUACAUGAAUUGUAUCUCAACACAUCUGUCACACAAAUAAGAACAAAUAUAUUACAGGGUUUUUUUAAAUAUGUACUUCCUAUGAGAUUGCUCAGAGGGUAAACCACUUAUCAUGCAAGCCAAAUAGCCUGAGGUUGACUACAGAACCCACAUAAGAGUGGAAAGAGGGGGCUGGAGAGAUGGCUCAGAUGUUAAGAGCACUGGCUGCUCUUCCAGAGGUCCUGAGUUCAAUUCCCAGCAACCACAAGGUGGCUCACAACCAUCCAUAACAAAAUAUGGUUCCCUCUUCUGACUUGCAGGGAUAAGUGCAGACAGAACACUGUACACAUAAAAAAUAAAUAAGUCUUUUUAAAAAAAAAGAGUGGAAAGAACUGACUCCAUAAGCCUGUCAUCUGACGUAUGUGCUCUGUCAUACAUGCAUAUACAGUAAUAAUAAGUAAACAUUUAAAAAGAAACAAGUGAGGCAUUGCCCUAAGAACAUGCACCAUGGGACUAGGGGUCUGAGUACUUAACUUGUGUACAAGGCCCUGGUUUUGUGUUAGCACCACAGAAAGGAAUGUUCACUGCCAAGCAUUAGAGGGACAUCUGUAGGGGCAUCUUUUUUUGUCAGUGGACUUGAAGCGGUGGCCACAUCCUAGGGUCGUGGCUUCAGGUGUGCAGAAGAGGGGGGGUUGGCUUGCUCUCUUGGGCUGUAGUCAGAACCCUAGAAGGGCAGAGACUGCAUCUUUAGGAACAGGAAGACCAAAGCGACUAUUUACUAUUAAUUGUGUAAGUGCUUCCCUAAUAAAUACCUGUCAAUCAUU